AGAUUAUAGAGGAAUAAGAAUCGUUGUAUUUUUAAUUUCAGGAAGAUGCAUUCCUGGUAUCUGGCAGUGCGACGGCCGACCAGAUUGCGAGGAUCAUCGAGACGAGUACAAUUGUGCCGAAAGUUGUGGGAACGACGAAUACCUCUGCCCAACCGAGAAAUGGUGUAUACCAUUGACGUGGCAUUGCAACGGCGUCGACGAAUGUGCGAAAGGAGAGGACGAAAAUUUAUGCGAUUGCGGUCUCGAUCAAUUCAAGUGUCAAACAGGGGGAUGCGUGCCUGAAAAUCAAGUAUGCGAUGGAAUAGAACACUGCCCCGAUCAUUCCGACGAGUGGGGCUGUUUGAUGGCGAACGUGACUGUAGAGAAAAAAUUAACGGAUGGACAGAAAGAGGAUAACGCCGGGAGUAUUGGUGCUCAAGAAUCGGAUACUUCUUUACUGAAAGUAAGACAAUACAACGGCGAAUACCGUCUCGUUUGUUCCGAUGGAUGGAGCGAGGAAUUCAGUACCUCUUAUUGCCAAUCUUUAGGAUUCGCCGGUUCCGAGAGCACAGAGUUCCAAACGAGGGACAAAACUCAGAAGAUUUUCAGAUUAAAGGCGAAUCCCAAUCACCAUGCGCCAUUGGUCACGAAUUUGGAGCAAGUCGAAUUCUGCGUCUCUGACAAAGUCGUGCAAGUCACUUGCCAAGAAUUUUCUUGCGGAUCCGAUUACGGAGAAGGACCAACAGCGAGAUUGGUUGGUGGAACUCCGGCCAGCGAAGGACAAUGGUCCAGCGUGGCUCUGUUGAAGGAACCUAAACUAGGUGCUGCUUGCACGGCCAGCAUAUUGGGUCCUAUGCACGUGCUUGCCAGUUAUUCCUGCAUCCACAGAUAUAAGCAGAGCAAUGGAUGGCAGCUUUUCACCGGCGAAAACCUGCUUAAAGCGCAUCCUGUAAGGAAUAUCAUUCCUUAUCCUCAAGUGAAGUACAAUCAAUUCUUGUAUAACAAUGAUAUCGCAUUGGUGGAAUUAGAGAAGCCUUUAACUUUCUCGAGGAAUGUCAGCGCCAUCUGCCUUCCGAAACAUCCUAUACAGCAAUUCCAGCCAAGACAAAUAUGCGUGAUGGCUGGAUGGGGAUUUUCUGUGAACGGUGAGGUCGAUUUACAGAAGUAUCUCAACUUUUUGCCAUUGCCAACGUACGAUAUCGAAGAAUGCAAUGCGACCACUCACUAUGCAGGAUUCAUUACGAAGGACAACAUAUGCGCUGGAUUCACUGAUACGAAUAAAGGACCUUGCUACAACGACGAAGGAGCACCCCUAAUGUGUGAAUCUGGAGGAGGAUCGGUCAGAUGGGAAAUUCAGGGUCUAUUAAGUCAUCACAGCAGAUGUUCGAGAGGUCAUCCGGCAAUUUAUUCCAGCGUGGAACCUGCGUUAUCUUGGUUGCGAAACUCCGUACCUGCUUUGCAAACGCAAAGCUAAAGCGCUAUAACGUGAUUUCGUUCUUUCCACGAGAAUAUGUGAACAUUAGAUGAAUUUUUUCUUCUUUUUUUUUUUUUAAUUCGUACAAAUUGAUCAUAACGAUACAA